AUGGGAGACCAAACCUCUCACGAUGAUCUGCCGUCAUUGCUGAGGAGGAGCCAUAUUCAUGAAGGGCACGACUACGACUACAAUACCCGCUUCGAGAAUCGCAACAGCGAAGAUGUGCACCGAGAUGCCCUUGCAACAGCUCACAUUGAACGAGAGCGAGUGCGCGAAAUUGCUAUAGAAGCAUUAUCACUAUACGAGUUGACCCAGGAGCAACAGCGGCUACGGCAAAAGACUGAGCAAGAGGAGCAACGCGUCAAUCUCGAGCAUGAACGCGCCGUGGAACUGGUGCGCAUUCGAGAACUCGAGAACAAGGCCCGACAGAUCCCAAAACUCCCACCAAGACUUCCUACUCCUCCACCACCUCCUGCUCCAUCUGCUCCGAUUCAGAAGCCUGCGCCAAUAAUAAAUCCCCCGGCAGCUCCAACCCCUCCAGUUCAAGCCCCUCCAUCGCAAGCAGCCCAACAGCAACAGCAACCUCAAACUCAAACCCAACCAACUCCGGCGAAUCCGAAUCCGAAUCCUUUCGCAACACAACCUCCUCCAGCUUCACGGCUUGCGCAAACCCCUCAAUUCCAGGCCCCGGCACCCCAGAAACCUCCACAACCUCAGAAUCAUGUUACAGCUCCAACCUCGAAUGCCACCGCGCCAUCGCACGUAUUUCCAGGCCUCGAGCGAUAUCUUGAAAUUCACAAGAACCUCAAAAACCUACGCCUUUUCAUUACCAAUGCUGGAAAGGCUGACAAAGCCCUCAAGACGAAGACUGGCGAAAUGAGGAGGGCACUUAGACAAUCAAUCGGGCAGCUGACUUCAGAGAAAGGGGCCAAUAGAAUUCCCCUUAAUAAAAUCGUGGAUAUACUACGAGCGGCAUUGACCACCCACCCAAGUCCUCCUGUCGAUCCAAGCACCUUUAUGAUUAAAACACCCGAACCAGAUGACCAAGCAACACACAACGGUGAUUCUUUACCCACCCUCUUCAUUUACCUUCUCAACGUCUUUUGCAAGGCCAUUAUUACCCAAUUCAUCGAAGAAGCUGGCGUUGCUCCCAAAGCCGCAGACCCAGUUGGUGUGAUUGCCAUAUCAGUAUUCUCAAAUCCGCAGUUCCAAUGGAGAAAUCGGCCACUGAUAGACAUUCUAAUUGCGAAGAUGCGAGUUGUGUGUCCGGUCCUGUUUGGUAUUCGAGGGAGCGAAAAGACGGAAGAGGGUCGUGCGAGACUGGGAUGGAAGAAAGAAGGGGGACACUGGGUUGGUGAACAGGUCCACAGUACGCGGAUGACGGGUCUUGGAGCUGGAUAUGCUGCCCUUUGCCUUCGAGAUUUUUCCAAGUCCAAACUCGCGAAUGCCUGGCCUCCUACGCAUUAUUGGCAGGCGCUGGCUAGCAUCGUUUCAACCCCACCCGACCAGUCAUCACCGACACAAUUCGUAGUUCUGCGAGCGAUGGUCGAGAAUUACGAAGCGAUGUUCUUGAGAUUUUAUGGCACUGCUGCAAUUGCGGCGCUGAAAGUUGUAUUGGUCGAUUUCCCAGACCGGGCUCUGGAGCGCAACGUUGCCACCAGCUCGCUGAAGGUCUUAGUAGACAAGCUAGAAAGGGAUAUGGGUCUAAAAUUAAAGAACUAA